AUGGGUUUCGGCUGCACCUUCUUCUGGAGUGGUCGGUCUAGGGCAGAGCGACGAGACGCGAGUAUCGCCUUCGCUAUCCGGAACGACAUCGUGGGACGACUGCCCUGUUUGCCGCAGGGCAUCAACGAUCGCCUGAUGAGCCUCCGUCUGCCUCUCCGGCGUGGAGGCAAAAUCGCCACCAUCAUCAGCGUCUACGCUCCGCCGCUCAGCAGCCCCGACGCCGCCGCCGCCGCCGCCGCAAGAGACAAAUUCUACGAGGACCUGCACGCCCUCUUGGCGACUGUGUCGAAUGCGGACAAGUUGAUUGUCCUUGGUGACUUCAACGCCCACGUCGGCACAGACCAUACUGCCUGGAGAGGAGUGCUUGGUCCCCAUGGUCUCCGCGGCUCCAACGACAAUGGCCUAGUGCUCCUCCGCACCUGCGCAGAACACCGCCUCAUCCUGACGAACACCUUCUUUGUCUGCCGGAGCGAGAGAAGGCCACCUGUAGGCAUCCUCGGUCGCGUCAGUGGCAUCUGCUGGACUAUGCCCUCGUCCGCAGGCGGAAUCAGCGGGACGUGCUGGUGA